UCUAGGAUUAGUAAAGACAAUAUCUUAAUUCUUACUUGACCCGAGACUCCGAGUAAUACUCUUCCUUCCGAUACCAUUGGACAUUGGUUAGUUUUAAACACUGCGUUUCUGCAUUCCAUUUUCCAAGGUGUUUCCCGCUUUUUCUUCAUCAUGCCUUCUUCUUGAUCAUUCUCUCUCCUAGGGUUUCAUUUCUGUAAAAUUCCACCAAAAUUUUCAUCAAUGGAGGAGAAACCAACAACUUCAACUUCAACUUCAAUCGACACGGAGGUCACAACGUCAGUUAUGAGCAAACUCGGCGAAGCAUUUGAGAAUUUCCAGUCAAAUGCAGUCUCGAUCCUCUCUCUCUCCAAACAAUGGAAAAGCUGGCAGAGUUCCUUCGCCGUUGUCGAAGCUUCAAUGGCGAGUCGUGAGAAGGAAUUACAGUCGAAGGAGAGAGAACUUAGUGAUGUUGUAAGGAGAGUUGAAGUUUUGCAGGAGGAGAUUGAGUUGAGUAAAAAAAAAUUGGAUUUCGGGGAGAAAUUGAUGAUCGAGAGAGUUAAAGAGGUGGAGAAGAGAGAGAAAGGUGUAAUCGAGAGAGAAGGAGUGAUAGAGGUUAGAGAAAGGGGGAUUUGUGAGCGUAACAGAGAGUUGGAGAUGAAAGAGAAGGAGUUCGAUGAUCGAUGUAAGAUCAAUUUAGGGUUUGAAUUGAGGGAGAAGGAGAUGAAGGAACAUGAAGAGAGGUUGAAAUUGAAGGAGAGAGAAAUCGAUGAGCGUGGCGAAGCGUUGGAAUUGAAGCAGAAGGAAGUGAAUGAGGGUUUCGUGGCGCUUCGAAAUUCUCUAGAAUUGAAGAAGGAGGAAUUGAUUGAGAGUCGUCGACAGUUGACAUUGCAGAAGAAGUGCUUGGAUGAGCAAUGUAGGAAGUUGAAGGUGAAAGAUGAGGAAGUGGAAUUGAAGGAGAAGGAGUUGAGGGAGUGGAGGAAGGUGGAGAUAUCGGUGGGAGAUCGAGUGAAGGAACUCGAAUCGAAGGAGAAAGUGAUCAUUGAGGGUGAGAAAAGAGUUGAGAAAUUGCAGGAAGAGGUUGCAUUGGGGGAGAAAUGUGUGAGUGAGAGGGUUAAAGAAGUGGAGAGAAAAGAGGAAGAAUUGAAGGAGAAAGUUAAAGCUUUUGAUUUGGAAGCGAAGAUAAAAUAUGGUGAAAUAAUGGAUAUGAGAGGGAAGCUUAUGGAGGAGAUGAAGGUGAAGGAGGAAGCAAUUAAUGAGCGUUUAGAAGCGGUGGAGGUGAGUGAGAAGCAGAUUGAUGAACGGCGUAGUGCAUUGGAUUGCAGAGAACAACAAUUGAAUGAUCAAAGAGAGGCUGUGGAGUUGAAGUCGAAGCAAAUCAAUGAGCGAAGCCAGUGUUUAGAUUGCAGAGAACAACAAUUGAAUGACCAAAGAGAAGCUGUGGAGUUGAAGUCAAAGCAAAUCGAUGAGCGAAGCCAGUGUUUAGAUUGCAGAGAACAACAAUUGGAUGAUCAAAGAGAAGCUGUGGAGUUGAAGUCAAAGCAAAUUGAUGAGCGAAGCCAGUGUUUAGAGUUAAAAUCAAAGCAAAUCGAUGAGCGAAGCCAGUGUUUAGAGUUGAAAUCAAAGGAAAUCGAUGAGCGAAGCCAGAUUUUAGAGUUAAAGGAGAAAGAGUGGAGCAAGGUUCUAAGAUCACAGGAGCUGAAUGACAAUCAAAAUAGAGAGUUUACCGCUCCUCGACAAAUGAAAAGUAGAGAACCUGUGCCAGAGGUUUGCAAUGAGGUUCAAUUGUUCUGCAGAAAUAUGGACCCUAAAGGCAUGAGAUCUUACUUAAUUGAAUAUUUCAAGAAUUACAAGGAAACAGAUACAUUGCUUAAGAAUGUAUAUGAUUCUCUUCAGCUAUCACUGGAUCCAGCAAAGUUUGUUCUUGAUGUGAUUCGAAGUUUUCACAAGUUGCUGGACUCGGACAAUGUGUCAGGACAAGUGUUUUCAAGUAGUUGCUUAGUUUUGUUAACAAGGUUGAUAAAAUUAAGGGCUCAUAUUACACCACAUGUAAAAGAAGACGCAGGAAAAUUCAGUGUCGUGUGGAAAAGCUCUUUCACUAAGAGGGGUAGUAGCCCUUUGGAGAUUUAUGUCUUUCUCCUGUUUCUAGCCUCAUUCAAGGCAGCACAGUCCUAUGAUUCAGAUGAACUUCUUUCACUCCUUGGCACCUUUUAUACUGAUAGUGAGGUUCUUUGGCCUGAGCAAGACUCAUAUUUGUGCCGAAUAUUGGGAUUGAAGAAGAAAAUUCCAGGUCUUAUCCAAUCUCUUAUUACGAGAGAGGAGCAGCUUCGAGCAGUUGUGUAUGUAUGUGCAUUUAAGAUGGAGGAUGCUUUUCCACCAGCUUCUUUACUGAAUGCCCAUAUGGCUUGCAUCAAGAAAAGAGUGCAGACGAUGGUCAAGAAAGGAAGUGAUGAAGCUCAGAAAGAUGCUGUCGACAUGGAAAUAUCUGCCCUCAAAACCAUACUUAAAUGCAUUUCCAACUUCAAACUUGACUCCAGUUUUUCUCCUGCUCCACUGGAAUCGCGCCUAAAACAGCUAGAUGGAGCGAGGGAAGGGAAGACGAAUAAUGAAAGCUUAUGGACAGGAAAGAAGGAUCUUCCAAACUCGGAAAAUAAGGGAAAUGCUCUUCCUGUCGUUGAUCAAUCAUAUGUUGAGAUUGGAAAGAAAAACACUUCAACCUCCAUAGAGUCCCCAAAACCAGCAAAGCGUCCUAAGGUAGGUGCUCGUCCAAAGAUAAUCAUAAAAAUUCCCAGCAGUUUGGCUGGUAGGAAGUACAUGUCUAUUACCGAGCAAACUUCAAACGAUCUAAGAGUCGCUAAAGUUUCAAUGCACAAACUUGGCGAAACCUUCAAAGAUAUCCAGUCUCACUCCUACACAAUUCUCUCACUGGGCGAACAAUGGCGGAUUUUGCAGAAUUCAUUCGCAACGGUUCACAAUUCGCUGGAGAAUCUAGUCAAGGAAGUCGAGUCAAAGGAGAGAGAAAUCAACGUAACUAGGAAAACAUUCAAGAACUUGCAGAAGGAGGUUGAGUUGAGGCAGAAGAAGUUGGAAUUGGUGGAGGAAUCGUUGAGCGAGAGAAAUGAAAAAGUUGAGAUGAAAGAGAAGCAAAUGAGGGAGUUGUGUGAAUGUUUUGAGUUGGAGAGAAGAGCACUUGCCGAGCGUAGCAAGGCGGUCGAGCUGAGAGAGAAGUGGCAUUCAGCCGGUUUCGAGCGAGUUAAAGCUGUGGAUGUUGAAGAGAAAAAAAUUGUGGAGCGGCUCAGGGCGGUGGAGGAGAGAGAGAGGGAAGUUAGCCGGCUCAAGGAGGCGUUCGGUGUCAGAGAGAGGGAGUUGGAUGUGAAAGAGAGAGUAUUGAAUGAAUUUUCUGAAGAAUUGAAGUCAAAAGAGGGUGAAUUGAAUAAUGAAUUUUUAGUAUUGACAGAGGAGAAGGCGAAAUUGAAGGAGGAAAGGAAAGAGUUGGAAUUGAAAGAGAAUCAAAUUGAUGAGUUAUACAAUGUUCUUGAGUUGAAGGAAAAGGAGAUGAAUGAGAAAACAAAAUCGUUGGUGUCGAAAGAGGAGGGUUUGGGAUUGAGGGAGGAAGAAAUUGAGGAGGGAUUGAAGGGAGUAGAGUUGAAAGAGAAGGAGAUCGAUUUGUGUUGGAGAUUGCUUGAGAUUACUGAGAAAGAUGUUAAUAAGCAGAGCGACGCAGUGGAAAUGAAAGCGGAGCAGUUGAAUGAGAGAAGUAAGGCAUUAGAGUUGAAAGAGAGGCAGGUGAAUGAGCAGUGCGAAGUGUUGAAGUUGAGGAAGGAGCAUUUAAAGGAAAGAUCUGAAAUGCUGGGAUUGAAAGAAAAACAAGCUGGUGAUCAUCGUAAAUUGAUGGAGUUGAAAGAGAAAGAAGUUAGUGAACAUAAUCGAGCAGUGGAAUUGAAGGAUAAGCAAGUGAACGAGGGUCUACAAUGGAAAGAGAAACGACUUGAUGAGCCUUACAAACAGACAGAAUUGAAGGAGAAAGAAAUUAAUGAGCGUUUAGAAGCAAGGGAGACGAAAGAGUGCACAGCGCUUACCAAGAGGCUAAAGUUGAGAGAGAAUGAAUUGGAUGAACGAUGUCAAAGUGUGGAACUUGAAGAGUUUUUAGAGAAGACAAGUGAUGAGCGUCGCAUACUUUCUCGUUGUCAAGCACCAGCAUUUACAGAGAAGCAAAUCGUGAACAUCAAUUUGACACAAGUGAGUUCGGAGCUUCCUGAUUCAGAUAGUGCUCAAGUAGUAUGUGCUGUGGAUUCUUCCUCACCGAAAAAUGGCUUUGAUAUUCAUUCAUUGUGCAAAAAUAUGGAUGCAGAUGGCCUGAGAUUAUAUCUCAAUAUGCAUGUGAAGGAGCAAGGUAUAUUAUAUGAGAAGAUAUUGGAUACUCUUAGAUGUGCACCUGAUCCUGGAAAGCUUGUUCUUGACGUCUUUCAAACCUUCCACCAAAUGCUCCCAAACAAAUAUCAAACCCAGGUUAAUAAAACGAGUUGCCUUUUUAUGUUGAGGCAGUUGAUGAAAUUAUCACCAACAAUUACACAUGAGGUGGAAAUUAAAGCAAAAAAUCUUGCUGCUUUAUUGAAGGCUAAGCUGAAGGGGAAUCUCUCAACUAGAGAUACUUUUGGGUUUCUCCUGUUCUUAGCUACAUUCAAGUUAGCAAGUCUUUACAAUGGAGAUGAGCUUCUUCCACUUUUUGAUAAUUUAUAUUGUGGGUAUGACAUUUUGUGGCCCGAGGAGCAUUUUAAUAUAUGUCGUGUGUUGGGACUUUCGAAGAAGAUUCCAGGUCACAUCAGAUCUCUUAUUGAAAGAAAGGAGUGGCUUCGGGCAAUCAAAUACAUUUUUAUAUUCAGGCUGGAAUAUAAUUUCCCGCCAGUGCCUCUGCUAGUAGCUCACUUGGAGGUUUUGAAGAAAAGAGUGGACGAGAGAUUCCAGGAUGGAACUUUUAUGUCAAAGAUACGAGCUGAAUCCUUCGAAUUAGCCAACCUCAAAGAAGUAAUCCGAUGCAUUACAUAUUGUGAGCUUGAGUCAAAAUACUCACCGGCUCCCCUUAUAUCACGCAUUAAGGAAUUGGAAAUGGAGAAAGAACAGAGGACUGCUGGUCCUGCUUCUAAACUAAUGAAGAUGAAGAAACGCAGUGCAAGUUCCUUUGCUGCUUCUGUAGCAAUGCCCAUACAAGUAGAAAAGCAUCCUCGAAUGGAGAAUGUUCACCAUCAGUCCGUUACCAAGUAGUCCCUCUGGAUAAGGCACUUUCUCCGCAGCCUGUGGCUCAUCCUUUCGGACAUGCUCCCUAUCCUCAGCCUGUGGCUCAUCCUUUCGGACAUGCACCUGAUAUCACCCAGACUGUACAACCCAUUUUGCAAACAUGGAACUAUGCUUACAUCCAGUGGUCCACACUAUGGAGUUGAUCCUCAUUCAGGCUCUGGUCCAUUUGUGCCUACUCCUCGAGUGUACCCACUUGGCGUCCCAGGCACCCCCCACAUACCCAUGUACAAGGGUAAGGCUCAGUAUUUUCUCGCAUCGUGGCUUUGCUUACUUUUCCUGUGGGGAAUUGGGGUUUGAAAUCUGGGCAGAGACAUCAGUCACUGGAACAAAUUUUCAUCUACUUUUUGCAGAGAUCAAGAAGACAAUUAAUUACCUUUUUAGUAGUAUACUUUUCCUCAAUGGUAUCUGUUAGAUACAUUGAUUCAUUUGUUCAUUAUAAUGAGUAGGGGGUCAUCAAGCACGUGGAGCACUUAAUCAGGGCCAAUAACUUGUUGGGAAGCUAUCACAUCUAUUUGAAGAUUCUCAAAGCUUAUGCUUGAGCUAGGUUUGAUCUGCACUUCAGCUGCCGAUAGUAUUUAUGUUUGUUUGGGGCUUCCGCAUGACAAGUCCUGACCUUAGUUCUGUAAAUAGUACUUAAUUAGAUGCUCCAAUCGUGCAUUGCUGUAAGUUGGGGUUAUAAUUUUGUCUUUAAACUUGACAGGUUUAUAUGUAUAUUGUACUACUUGAGAUUAAGCUUUUGUAUGCAACCAUUUUAGUUUCACGAUGAAAGUCAUAUAAUUUGAAAUCACAUAUUUAAGGAUUAGUUGAUUAGA